UCCUCAUCACACGCACAGUUCCCUCCAGCUACUGGUCACUGCCGGGGUUGUAAUUGAUGGCUAUCUCUGGCGAGUCGUGACGACUCCAUAAAGUCCGGACUGUGUUGGUCAUCUUUGGCAUGGCUACUGCCUUCGCACUAGCUGUAUUCGGGUGCAGGAGUGAUGCUUGCAAAGACCUAUCUACCUUCGGAGCGGAGGCGAUGCCACCGAUAUCCUUCAUACAUGGAACUCUCUUUGUCGGCGUUAUGCUACUGAACCAAGUCUUGUAUCUGAAAUCGACCAAAAAACCGAGUGAACUAACCCAACAACUCGGAAGCAAACUCUCACCAUUGACGAAUCAAGAAGAUCGGAGACAACCAAGGACUGAAACAGGGCUUAUAGAAAUCAUCGGCACAAGACCGUUGAUUAGAGACAACGAUUAAGGUUGCUGAAGUUCAUUUAUGUAAGGCAUGUACAGACGGGGGUACACCAAGCCACAGGAGCAAAGACAACACCAACCGUAAAUAGGAGAUAACAGCUAUCACCCGCUCCGUGAACUUCAGCUUCAUAUGUCAGAGGCUACAGCGUUUACGAUGGGCUCAUUAGA